GUAACAGUGUUUGUGAUUUGAUUCGGCUAGCUUCACGUAACAUCGGUGAGCAGGACGAAGUUAAAGAAAAAUCGAUGUAAAAUGUGGAUUUCUCACGUUUACUGAAGUAAAUGCUUACUCUAGCAGCAGAUAUGUGACGGUAUCAAAUUAUUUUAUGUUCGACGAAGUAUUCAUGUUCUAAUUAUGGCUUGGUUUGGUGGUAAUCUGAAGAAUUUGACCGAAAAUUUGACUGGUCAAAUAUCGAAUGUAGCCACAUCAGCAGCGUCAUUCACACGGGAUGUCAUCGCAGAAGGCACCGAAGAAGUCGCGGAUCACAGCACAGAACUUCAGAUUUCCGAGGACAAAGUAAGACGUCUUGAAACAGCUAUUGUUGCACUGAGAGCUGAGAAUGAAAGGCUUGGGACUAUCAAUGGAGAGCUUGCAGAGAAGGCUGAGGCAUCGGAACUUCAGAUCAACAGCAUCUCAUCGCAGUAUCGCUCUCUCCUGGUUGAAAAAGAGGACCAGUUGAAUUCCCUGAUUCAGAAACAGAAUGACAUGCAGAGUUUCCAUCAGAACAUGCUCUCGACCGGGGACGGGGGGAUGACCGCCGCCACGUCCACCUCGUCCCUGUCGGGGUCGGCCAUCAUGAUGGACAGUCACGACUUCGACGAUGUCAUCUCCUCGCAGCAGGAGAUCAACCGUCUAUCCCAUGAAGUGGGGAGGUUGAGGGCGGAGUGCACACAUUGGAAAGAGAUGGCUGCCGGCAGACAGGAUGGUGCAAAGCCUGUAUUCCAGAUUGGUGACGACUCAUCAUUACAAGGGGAAACAGGAGAAUUGAAAUCCAGGAUAAAGAGCUUGGAAGAGAACCUUAGACGACGGGAAGACGAGUCUCAGCACGAGCUAUCGGCCCUUCAAGACUCGCACUCUCACAAGCUGAAGACACUGACCAAGAAACACAACACUGACGUCGAAGAUUACGAGAGAAAGAUCGAGAGCCUGGAGAAGAUGAUAGGUUAUGGGGAGAGAGCUUCUGACAGUGGUCUGGACGAUGGCAAUGAUCUACAAAAGAGAGUCUUGGAACUGGAAGGGAUUCUCCAUGAGACCAGGCAACAGGUCGGACAGCUCGAGGAAUCCAAUUACCAGCUCGAGAAAGAGAACGCUCGGUUGACCGAAUCGGACCGGGACAACACAAGACUCGUCCAGACUCUCAAACGCAAGGUCGACAUCCUCGAGAAGGACCGGUCAAGGCUGGAGAAGGAGGUCAAAGGGCACACGGGGUCGCCCACCGCUGACGGUGAAGUUGCCAAUUUGAGGAAGGAAAAUGACGAGCUGAAACACGAAGUGGAGCAUCUUAUGAAAGUUGUUAACAGGCAAGAGACGGAACUGGAGGUGCUUCUUGGGUCGCAUGAACAGGUCAGAGAAGAGCUUUUUGCCACUAAACAAAGACUGCUCACGGAACUGAAUGCCUCUCAUGCAAACACAAGUGCAAUGCUUGAGGACAUCCACAAUGCCGGGAGGAAGUUCUCGACGGAAGAAGCUCUGCGACGGUCUAAACUGCUCAAAGAAAAACAAGAGAUUGUUGAUAAAAUGAUCACUGCUGGACAAAAGAUGUCUGAUAGCAAGGCCACAGUGGCCACCUUGGAAGCAGCUACACUGGAGAUCAGCGACCAGGCUGCGGAGAUCGUAUCUGAGAUCGGAUGUAGUCAGCACCAGGAGAUCACUGCCGACUUCGUCAGUAGCCUCGAGAAGGAGAAUGAUCUCCUGAAACAUCAUGUCUCAAGACUUCAAAAUGAGAUUGAUGAACUCAACCAGUCUUGUGAGACCUUAACAGAUGACAAGCAGAAAUGUGAGACCCUAAUCACCAGACUCAAUCAAAAGGUCAAAGAACUUUCAGGUAACGACCUCCAGGGGUCAGAGCGACGACCCUCCGACCCUUCACAGUCGGAGUCCGAGAUGACCCUUGUGACCGGCGAAAGUGACCAGGAGAGUCUGCCUCGUCCAGUGGGUGCGGCUGGACAAGAUGGAGGUCAGAUUCGGAGGCACAUCUCGUAUCGCAGGCCGCAGUCUCCCACGGACUCCAGCGUGGCAUCGGACCUGAGUUCGUCGAUGAGGGAGGGCUGGACGUCGGAAACGGAGCUGAGCAGCGAUGGGGGGUUCUUGGCGGAAGGCAAGCAGUCUUUGCUGGAGAACUCCGAUGCUGUGAGCUUUGACGGGGAAUAUGACGACUCUAUCAUGUUUGCUGGUAUCAAGGAAAAAUUCCCAGAAGCGGCAGACGCUUUCAAACAGCAGUUGAAUCAGUUUGAGAUGGUCAGAGCCGACUGGGAGAUGGAAAAACAAGCUUUGGAGGAGGUCGUCAUCAGAAUGAGGGAUCAACUGAAAGAAAGAGAUCGUACCAUCCAGGAUAUGACAGCUGAAAAGGGUCUAAUGGCUGUCCAUAAGGAGCAUGUUGAAGACCUUGAAGAUAGGGUCAAAACCCUGCAACGUGAUCAAACCAGAUUACUAAGGGAAAAGGAAACUGCAGAAAAAGAAAAUGAAGAGAUGGUUGAGAAGCUGAACACGCUGGAAGGAGAGAGGAGCAACCUUAAUUCUUCAAUAUUAUGUAUAUCAAAAGCAAAAGAUGAACUUGAAAACAAACUUUCUGAAGUAGAGUCCAAAUUUAGUGCAAUAGAAAAUCAGUUAGAAACCAGCCGUGGGGAUGUCGAACAAGAACUAAAUAGAACUAGAGAUGAGAAAGAACAAUUGGAGUCUGAUCUGAGUCAGCUUGAUGCCCAGCAUCAGACAGCUUUAGAGCAGAUUAUUGCUUCUAGGGAUAAGCUGAUCCAGGAGAUUAAGGAUAAGGAAUCAGAGAUUAGGGAUGUGAAUGGCAGACUUGUUGAACAGAGUGAAGAGUUGGAACAGUCGGUGGCAGAGAAAGUACGUCUUGAGUCAGAGAUGGAGGAAGUGAGAGAGGACCUUAGCACAAGCAGAGCUGAUCUCCUGGACUCUGAACAGAUGAAACAAGAACAGGCUGUUGCCAUGACAACUCUGCGAACAAAGCUCCAAGCCAUGCAGGACGAGCAUAAUGAAUUGUUGAAGGAAUUUGAUGAAUUUAAGCGGGAAUCAGAGGUGAAUGCAGCUUCAAAGGAGGAGGUGGAGAAGCAAAAGGCAGAUGAGACCGACCUGCCAAGCAGAGAGGUCUUACAAUCUCAAAUCUUGGCAUUGACUGACAAACUGAACAGUUUACAAUCUACAGAGCAAAGUAAGACGUCACCUAAUGAGAGUGUUGCCUACCUGGAACAUGAACUCUCAAGGACUCACCAUGAGAUCGAGGAGUUAAACAAGAGCAUCGAUGAACGCGAUGCCAAGCUGCAGGAGUUGAACACGCACCACACUGAACAUUCCAAGCUUCUGGAGCAGAAGGCUGCAGAAAUGCAAGCCUUGAAGACAGAGAAUGAACAACUGCAAGAGGAGAUUAAGUCACGGGACGAUGUCCUGACAAAGUCGCAUGGUGAGCUCAUGAAGCUACAGGCUGACCUUGCGGCUAUCAAGUCUGGUGCUGAAAGGCAGGAGAAUGCUCAGGAACAGGAGCGAACUUUGGCAGAACAGCUGCAGAAAACGUGUGAUGAGUUGAGAACGGAACUGAAAUCCAAGAAGGAAUUGCUGGAAUCCGCUACUGAAAGCAGGAAAGAAUUGGAAGAACUUAUUGAACAGAAAGAAGAGGAUGUGAGAGCUCUUGCCGAUGAAAAUUCCCAUUAUUUCAAAAAUGUAGAAAAGUCAAAAGACAAAAUUAGUGAACUCUCUGCCAAGGUCAAGGAAUUGGAGAACGUAGAACAGCAACUUCAAGAUACAAAGAACAACUUUGAAACAUUGAAUGCAGAAUUAGAAGAAACAAAAUUAGAGUUGAAGAAAAUGUCUGCUUCUGAAGAAGAACAUAUUAAAACGCUGCAUGCUUAUGAGGAAGAAGUAAACAAUCUGAAGAAAAGUAUUACGCAACAUGUUGAUUCAACGAGGAUAGAGAAAGAAAGUCUUCACAUGGAAGAAGAUAAACUUGUGGAAGAAUUGAAGGAAAAUGCAAAGAAAAUUGAGAAUUUGACAGAUGAAUUGCACACUGCAGAGUUAGAGUUAACUGGAGUCAAAGCGGAAUUGGAAACUGCAAAGAGAGAAGUUGCAACUAAAGGUAGUCAAUUAUCAGAGUCAAAUGAUAGGAUAAAAGCAUCGGAGGAAGAAAUUGGACUGCUCAAAAGUCAGGUUGCAGCUUUGAGGGAUCAGGUGGAUGUUGGUGAAACCAGCCUGAAUGCUGUUGUACAGCUUCAGAAGGAGUUGGAUAAGAAAAGUGCAAUAAUUGAUGACCUCCAAAAAGAGGUCGAUGCAAACCGUGCUGAUUUGGAAAGUCAGUGUCAAACAUUCCAGCAAAGCAUUCAAAGUAAGGACAGUGAAAUCAGUCGGUUAGACUCAUCAUUGACUCAACUGAGGAGUCAGAAAGAGUCACUUGAUGAGUCGAUCGUUGCCUAUGAAAGUCAGAUCAUUGAUUUGCAAAGGACCAACCAACAGAAAGACGACGAUGUCAACAGGCUGCGGGAGGAAGUCAGGAACAUCACCACGCAGCUUCAACAGCCAGCUGAACAACCCUUGCAGAAUGGUGAAAUGAACAAGAGUGUGAAUGAAAGGAUAGAAGAUACCCUGUCCCCUUCAAGCCCAUUCAGUAAAUCUCCAACAGGUGUCUUCCAAGGUCAGGAUGGCUCCAUCAGUGACAACGAAAAGCACUAUGAGAAGAUCAUCCAGGAAAGGGACAAGGAGAUAGGCAUGCUUCAGCAUGAACGGCAAAGUCUCCUGACCAGUUUGAAUGAGAAGUCAUCAUCAACUAUGGGUAAUAGUGUCCUUGUGGACCUCCACAAGAACCAAAUGAAAGUGAAAACCCUAGAGGCUGAGAGACACCAGAUGAUGACUGUUCUGAAUGAGAAGACAAGAGAAGCAAGCAACCUCAAGAAUGAAGUCCACAAGCUUCUGAAAGUCAUAUCAGCUCAGAAGUCUGCCCUGGAGAAAGCGCAAGAUGAUUUCAAGGAGCUGCACAAUGAAAGUAGAGGACCAAGAGAUGACAUGCAGAAGGAGGCCUUACAAAAACUCUCACGCAUCAUUCAAGAUAAGGAUCUUGAGAUUGAAGCAUUGAAGCAAAAGAACACUUCCUUGCUGGAAGUUUUGCAGACAGAGGCUCCAAGCAACAGUUCUCAGAUCUCCGGUGUUCUGUCUGAAAGUGAGAAACUCCAGAAGGAAAAUAGUGUCUUGAAGGAGGAGCGAGACCAGCUUGUGGUGAGUAUCCACCAAAAACACCAAGAAAGCUUGGCUUAUUACGAAGAGGUGCAGAGACUUGUGGGCAUUGUCAAUGGGGAAGUACACAAAUUUGGUAACUUGCAGAAGCAACAUACUGACCUCCAAACUAAAAUGGAUGAAAUGUCGGAAUCAAUGAAUCGGUCCAAAUUGGAACUUGAUGAAUCAUUCAGGGUCAAAGGUUCAUUAGAGGAGGACCUAGAGACACAGAAGAAUUUGGUUGAAGAGUUAGAGAACCAAGUUCAGUUGAUGGAUAACUCGAGGGUGGAAAUGAACAAGAGGAUAGAGGAACUGGAAAAACUUGAAGCAGAUAAAGCCAAUGAGCUUGGUGAGAAAAUAAGUGAACUAGCACGUCUGCAACGUUCCCUUGAUGAAAUCAAGAUAAAGCCAGAACAGGUUAUUGAGGAGACUCUUGUAAAACCAGAGAUGGCUCCUGUGCAAUUUAGCUCUCCACCAGUGCAAUAUGAACAGAGAAUGCAAGAGAAGGAUGCAGAGAUUGCUGAACUGCGAUCGCAGCUGCAAUUGCAACAGGUCACUCCUCCCGCAUCUGAGGAUGUCGAUAGCUCAAAAGGUGAUGCCCAGGAGCUUGCCAGUGUCAAGGAACAACUAGAAUCUCAGGGCCAUGCGUUGAUGGAAAUGGACGGACUAGUAAAAGACAGAAGCAUGGAGCUUGAAAAGAAGAAACUAGAGGUUGCCACACUGAGGCAACAGAUUGACCAACAAGACCAAGCCAUCCUAGAUCAGAAUACAAUGCUUCAGAAGCAAAGUGGUGAUCUACAGCAGCUGCAAGUAGACCUGAAGGCUAAGACGGAAGAGGCAAAUACGUUGCGUCAUCACACCCAACAGAUCUCAGCCCGUUUACAGGCCGUGGAGCAAGAACUCGCCAGAGCCCACCAGGAGAUCACAAACCAGCAGCACAUGGUGCACAACAAGGAUGGUGAACUUCGACAACUCCAGGACUUGAUGAGCAGGACAAGUGCCGAGGUGAGGGAGAAAGACUUUGAAAUAACAGCACUGCAGGACAAAUGUAAGACUCUUGCCAAGCUGGUGGAUGAACGGGAAACGGAUGUUCAAGGAGAGGUCCGGAGGCUCCUUGGUGAAGCGGAAGCGAUGCAGACACAGGCGCAACGUUUCCAGCAGGAGAGGGAUCAGGCAAUGCUGGCCUUGGAGAAAUGCCAGAGAGAUCUCCUAUUACUGCAAGAAGAGGCUGCGAUGCGAGGCGGCAACGAACAGAAGCUAAUGCGUGAGCUUGAGAGAUUGCGCAGUCACCUGAUCCAGAUGGAAGACACGUACACCCAAGAGGCCUUGCAAUCCGAAGAGAGGGAGAAAGAGUUGAGGAACAGACUAAGUACCGCUGAAGAACAUGCCCACACCAGCUCCCAUGCCGUACAAAGCGCAAGUAAAGAAGCCAGUGUGCAGAUAGACAGCCUUCGGGACCAACUCAGCGCCAUGACGGACCAGAAAGACCAGGCCCUGAUGCAGCUGGCCAUGGUCCAGUCUGAGUCGGAGGAAUAUAUCCUGUCCCUGAACAAUCUCCAGAUGGUCUUGGAACAGUUCCAACAAGAGAAAGAAGCAUCGAUUGCAUCUGAAGUAGAGGUGUACGAGCUCAAGGCCCGGGAAAAGGAACGCAUCGCUGCGGACCUACUCCAACAGAACGUCGAUCUACAGGAGAGAUUGUCAUCUGCUCAAGAAGCUUUAGAUAUAGCAUCGCGUCUGAGCGAACAACUUGACAAGAAGGAAGAAGCCAUGGAGAAGCUCAGGGCAGAAAUGCACAAGAAGGAGGAAAUAUUGGGCGAAUUUCAGCGGAGAUUCGAUGAGGUCUCUAGCAGAAGCGAAACCAAGGUUGACAAGCCUCUUGUGAAAAAUCUGUUCAUGAAUUACUUGUCUGCGCCUCAAGCCAAGAAACAGGAGAUGAUCAAAGUCAUCUGUAAUGUUCUUAACUUCUCAGAAGAAGAUAUGCACAAGUCCGGUCUUGGUUCUGGGGCUGGUGGGUGGUUAAGCGGAUUCUUCAGACGUACCCCUAAUCCUACUCCCCCUCCUACACCAACAAAAGCUAAUGUUUCCUUCACUCAACAGUUUGUGCAGUUCCUGGAGUCGGAGUCGACCCCGAAGCGCAGUCCCCGCCUUCCUGUGGAUGAAAUGAGUCAGGACAGGCACCACCACCCCACGUACAAUCCAUUCUCUGCCCCCGUACCCCAGCAAUCUCCAUUCAUCCAGCCGGGGGCUCCUGCGGUUGGUGCCGGGGCUGGCACUCCCAAAGGGCCAGGGGCAGCUCACCCAUUCCUCAGGGCAACCGGACAACCGGCCACGCCUCUUGGAGCUGUACAGCCGGUGAUCGCAUCGGCUGGGGUGUCUGCGGGGAACCCCCUGGGAGCCGCCGCCCACUCGUUACCCAGCAUGCCUACGUUUGCUCCCGUGCCGGCAAGAGAGGGCGCUACACCAGGUCGUGGGUCACCGCGAGGUCAAGCUGCUGUGCUUGAUGAUAUACUACAUUAGAGGAACGACAUUAAUGUUUAUUCAAAUGAUCCAAAUACACAUCAGCUAGUGGAAAGAUGCAACAAGAGUAAAAUAGUGGCUA